UCUUGCUGAUUGUUGUUGAUGUUUCACAAACUUUCCUCACUAUUUAAUAAUUAUAUAUAAAAUUAAAUCAAAUCCGAUGGUGAUAUACGGGAUAUACAUAGUCAGCAAGUCUGGCGGACUUAUCUACAAUUACGACCACGUUAUACCGAAGGUGGAAACUGAGAAAACAUUUGGUUACCCACUCGAUCUCAAACUGCAGUAUGAAAACAAGAAAGUAAUCGUCGCUUUUGGCCAAAGGGAUGGAAUAAACGUUGGACAUGUAUUGCUGACUGUCAAUGGAUCACCAGUAAAUGGGCGUACAAUAGAGGACGGCAAAGAUGUAUUUGAUGUAAUAGAAGCAAAGGAAAAUUUUCCCCUAAGUUUAAAAUUUGGCCGUGCUCGAGCUACAACUAAUGAGAAGAUAGUGUUGGCGAGUAUGUUCUACCCACUAUUUGCACUUGCCAGCCAACUGAGUCCUGUACCCAAAUGCUCCGGCAUUGAGUCCUUGACUGCGGAUACUUUCAAGUUAUCAUGCUUCCAAACAUUAACAGGUGUUAAAUUUAUAAUAGUAACAGAUCCCAACAUGCAAGGCGCGGAAGUGGUUCUCAAAAGGAUAUAUGAAUUAUACUCAGACUAUGCAUUAAAGAACCCAUUCUACUCCCUAGAAAUGCCAAUAAGAUGUGAACUAUUUGAUACAUCACUGCAUACUUUGUUAGAGUUAGUAGAAAAAUCUGGUACAGCAAAUUUAUAGUUAAAAUACAUUUAAUACUAAUUGAUACUAAGAUAUUGAAGCAUUAUCUGUAAAUAAGAGGAGAAAAGUCACUGACGUAUCACUGCAUCUUUAAUUUUCUGUAAAAAAAUCCAUGUAAUUUUUUUUUGUUAUAUAAUUUAACGUAUUAUAGGGAGAUUAUAAGAUUUAUUACUAUUUAAGUUAAUCUUGUGUUAUGUAUUAAUAAAACAAAUUCUUUUAUA